CGUUCAAGGUAAUCUAUUGGGGAUUCUGAGUGGGCGAAGGAAGUUGCCAAAAUCAAUUCUAAUUCUUUCCUGAUAUAAUUCAAAAGGUAACCAACAAUCACUUGUUCUAUAAGAUCAAGGGGAUGGUAUAACCUCUUAUUGGCUCAGAACAGAAGCCCAUCAAAAAUAUGUUUCGAGGCCGGUCGGCAGCUAAAAUUUUGUCCGCAGUUUAGUUUUUCGUUCGGGUGGAUUUAUCGCGCUUCGGGAGCGUUCAGCAUGGGUGCAGAAAAUUUCCGCGAUUUUCUUCAAAAAUUCGUCAGUUUCUGAAGUUUGUGAUUUGAGAGUGCAAAAAUGAUGGAAAAUUCACACAAUAGAGAUGCGAUCGUUUUUGGAACACAACGCCCUUUUCAGGAUGCCCUACCUGGAUGCCCUGCCCGGAUGCCCUGCCCAGAUACCUUACCCGGAUGCCCUGCCCGAAUGCCUUACCCGGAUGCCCUGCCCGGAUGCCCUGCCUGGAUGCCCUGCCCGGAUGCCCUAUCUGGAUGCCCUGCCCGGAUGCCCUGCCCGGAUGCCGUGCCUGGAUGCCCUGCUUGCUUCUGCCUCAAUUUUUGGCAACAUUGGAAAAUAUAACUUUGGAGCACAAAACUAUCCGUGCCUGGGCUUCCGUCUGGGGACCGAACAUAAGCAACAUAAUGUCCCGGAAAUGGAAAGCCCGGAAGUCAAAGCAAAUGCGAAGAGGAGACAUCAUCCGAAAAGCGGCUCAUCGAAGAAAACACCAGGGGCUGUAUUCUCUAAGCGGGAGAAUUAUCCCGUGAUAAGUUUCAUAAAGCUUUUCACGAAAUCGUAUUCUGUAAGAGAUGAAAAUAUCCCAGCGAUAUUAUCACGCUCAUGGUUUGAGGUUAUGUUUUUCUCCUCAACUUUUUGCGGGGAAAAGUAUAAAAAUUCUUAUAAAAUGUAAUGAAAUAUUCUAAAACCCACUAAAAUAGCAUUGCUUCACCAUGGAGAUAUGUUCUAGUGCUAUUUGAGAUGGAGAAAAUUGAAAUAACAUAAUAAUUUACACAUUUAAUUAUUGGAUUCUACCAUGGAAUUCAAAUUAUAAAAUUCCCGCCAUGACAAAUUCAGUGCCAAAAUAUCAUUUGAGGUUAUGUUUACUUUUUUCCCCUUCUCCCGCAAUUUGCUAUGAAUAAUAAUGUCCAUUUUAUUUGCACUUAUACUGAUACAAAACACUACAAAACUAUUUAUUCUUAUUAUUUUUGAGUUUUAGGGUGAUUUGAGGCGAUAAUUAGUGCAAAUCACCCAAUAAUUUAUAAGAGAGCUUUGGAUUUGACAUUUUCGAAAAAGCUCUACACAAAAAUUGUCAUCCACUUUUCACUCCCCGCAACAGAAUACAAAUUCGAAAUUCGGAGAAAACGAGAUUGUGAAAAGUUUCACAUGAAUUUAUCACCGGCGUGAUA